UUUGAUGUCAUGGUCAUGUGCCUUCUUCCCAAACCAAUGGAGUUUGCCAGGGUUGGUGGAUACUGGGAUAAGUCUUGCAGCACAGUGACGCAGCUGAAGGAGGGUCUCAACCGAAUCCUCUGCCUGAUCCCCUACAAUGUGAUCAAUCAGUCUGUGUGGGAGUGUAUUAUGCCGGAAUGGCUGGAAGCCAUCAGAACAGAAGUCCCAGAUAACCAGUUAAAAGAAUUCAGGGAAGUAUUAAGCAAAAUGUUUGACAUUGAGCUCUGUCCUCUACCUUUUUCAAUGGAAGAGAUGUUUGGCUUUAUUAGUUGUCGGUUCACAGGAUACCCUUCUUCUGUGCAGGAACAAGCCUUACUGUGGCUGCAUGUAUUAUCGGAGUUAGACAUCACGGUUCCACUUCAGCUAUUAAUAAGCAUGUUUUCUGAUGGAGUUAAUUCUGUCAAAGAACUGGCAAAUCAAAGAAAAUCAAGAGUCAAUGAACUGGCAGGGAACCUUGCAGCUCGAAGGGUGAGUGUUGCCUCCGAUCCUGGUCGACGAGUUCAGCACAACAUGCUGAGUCCAUUUCAUAGUCCUUUUCAGAGCCCAUUUCGGAGUCCUAUGCGUAGUCCUUUUCGUAGCCCUUUCAAGAACUUUGGACACCCAGGAGGAAGGACUAUUGACUUUGAUUGUGAAGAUGAUGAAAUGAAUCUAAAUUGUUUCAUCCUCAUGUUUGAUCUUCUCCUGAAGCAGAUGGAGUUACAAGAUGAUGGGAUCACGAUGGGUUUAGAGCACAGCAUAUCGAAAGACAUAAUUUCCAUUAUAAACAAUGUCUUCCAAGCCCCCUGGGGGGGCUCCCACACCUGCCAGAAGGACGAAAAAGCAAUAGAGUGUAACUUGUGUCAGGCUAGCAUUCUCUGCUAUCAGCUCGCUUGUGAACUCCUGGGGAGACUGGCUCCUAAAGAAGAAAGCCGGCUGGUGGAGCCCACAGACAGCCUUGAGGAUAGCCUCCUUUCUUCCAGACCGGAGUUUACCAUCGGCCCUGAAGGUGAGGAGGAGGAGAAUCCAGCCAGCAAGCGCGGGGAGAACCCGGGCAAUCACACCGAGCCCACGGAACAUGCUGCAGUAAAGAACGAUACUGAAAGAAAGUUUAGCUACCAACAACUUCCAGUAACUUUGAGACUAAUAUACACCAUUUUCCAGGAAAUGGCUAAGUUUGAAGAGCCAGACAUUCUUUUUAAUAUGCUCAAUUGUCUGAAGAUUCUCUGUCUACACGGAGAGUGUUUAUACAUUGCUAGAAAAGAUCAUCCUCAAUUUUUAGCCUACAUUCAGGAUCAUAUGUUGAUUGCAAGCCUGUGGAGAGUCAUCAAAUCCGACUUCUCCCAGUUAUCUUCACUGGCGGUUCCUCUCCUGCUCCAUGCGUUGUCGCUUCCUCAUGGUGCUGACAUCUUCUGGACAAUCAUAAACGGCAACUUCAACAGCAAAGACUGGAAGAUGAGGUUUGAAGCAGUGGAAAAGGUGGCUGUAAUUUGUCGAUUUCUGGAUAUUCACUCAGUGACCAAAAACCACCUGCUGAAGUACUCGCUGGCACACGCUUUCUGCUGCUUUCUGGCGGCUGUGGAGGACGUCAACCCUGCAGUGGCUACCAGGGCUGGGCUCCUGCUGGACACCAUAAAGAGGCCGGCGUUGCAGGGUCUGUGUCUUUGUCUUGACUUCCAGUUUGAUACUGUGGUUAAAGAUCGACCCACAAUAUUGAGCAAGCUUUUGCUCUUGCAUUUUCUCAAGCAAGAUAUUCCUGCGCUGAGCUGGGAGUUCUUUGUCAACAGAUUUGAGACACUUUCUUUGGAAGCUCAGCUGCAUUUGGAUUGUAACAAAGAAUUUCCUUUUCCUACAACUAUCACUGCUGUAAGGACCAAUGUCACCAACCUCAGCGACACCGCGCUGUGGAAGAUCAAGAGGGCUCGCUUUGCAAGGAACCGCCAGAAGAGUGUGCGUUCCCUGAGGGACAGCGUGAAAGGGCCCGCGGAGUCCAAGAGGGCGCUCUCCCUCCCCGAGACCCUAACCUCCAAAAUCCGACAACAAUCCCCUGAGAAUGACAACACCAUCAAGGACCUGCUCCCAGAAGACGCUGGGAUCGACCACCAGACCGUGCACCAGCUGAUUACAGUGCUCAUGAAGUUCAUGGCCAAGGAUGAGAGCAGCGCAGAGUCAGACAUCAGCAGUGCGAAGGCCUUCAACACGGUCAAGCGGCACCUGUACGUCUUACUCGGCUAUGACCAGCAGGAAGGUUGCUUUAUGAUUGCGCCUCAAAAAAUGCGCCUGUCAACUUGCUUUAAUGCGUUUAUUGCAGGAAUUGCCCAAGUUAUGGACUAUAACAUUAAUUUGGGAAAACACCUUCUCCCCUUGGUGGUUCAGGUGCUCAAAUACUGCUCUUGUCCUCAACUACGGCAUUAUUUCCAACAGCCACCUCGUUGUUCCCUCUGGUCCCUAAAACCUCACAUCCGGCAGAUGUGGUUGAAGGCCUUGCUUGUCAUCCUGUACAAGUAUCCAUAUCGGGACUGUGACAUCAGCAAGGUCCUGCUGCACCUGAUUCACAUAACAGUCAAUACACUCAAUGCACAGUAUCAUAGCUGCAAGCCCCAUGCCACGGCGGGCCCUUUGUACAGUGACAACAGUAACAUAAGCAGAUACAGCGAGAAAGAAAAAGAAGAAGAUAGUGUUUUUGAUGAAUCUGAUAUUCAUGAUACACCUACUGGACCCUGCAAUAAAGAGUCUCAAACUUUUUUUGCAAGAUUGAAAAGGAUAGGCGGCAGCAAAAUGGUGAAAUAUCAGCCGGUUGAGAUGAAUGUACAGAGAAGUGAAAUAGAGCUGGCUGAAUAUAGAGAAACGGGUGCAUUACAAGACAGCAUUCUCCACUGUGUGAGAGAAGAAAGCAUUCAGAAAAAAAAGCUGCGCUCUUUAAAACAAAAAUCUCUUGAUAUAGGGAACGCAGACUCCCUGUUGUUUACAUUAGAUGAGCACCGUAGGAAGUCCUGCAUAGACCGGUGUGACGUAGAUAAGCCCCCCGCCCAGGCUGCUUAUGUCACGCACAAACAGCAUGACCACGGACGGUCCCGACAGAAUUCUGCUACCAGAGGGAGCAAUCCUGAAGUCCCCGAGAACCCCGCCGUGGGAGGUUCUCAGGAAAGGCGGAGGCCCGUGAUCCCCGAGGUCAGGUUGAACUGCAUGGAGACGUUUGAGGUCAAAGUUGAUUCGCCAAGAAAGCCUGCUCCUAAGGAGGACUUAGAUCUGAUCGAUCUGUCCUCAGAUUCGGCUUCUGGGCCUGAGAAGCAGUCUAUGCACUCCACCUCUGACAGCGACUCCCUCGUGUUUGAACCGCUGCCCCCUCUCCGAAUAGUAGAGAGCGACGAAGAGGAGGCGGUGGGCCCGGGAAAUGAUGGUGCUGCUGGCAAAAAUGCUGCCUCCUCGCCCUCCAUCCCCAGCCGCCCCCCGGCCCUCAGCCUGAGCACAGCUCCUCUUGUGCAAGUAAGUGUGGAGGACUGUUCCCAAGGCUUUUCCUCCAAGGACUCAGGAACUCAUCAGCCAGCAGGGGACAAGGACUUCCGUUUCAUAGCUCUGGAAGACCCCGCCGACUCCGAAGACGUAGCGAGGCCGGGGGAGCUGCAAGAGCUUUCCGGGGGCAGCCCGCUCACGCUGAAACAAAAACGAGACCUCCUUCAGAAGUCAUCUGCUCUCCCCGCCUUGUCCCUGGACGAGACCCUGGAGCCUGGCCUCGAAGAAGAGACGCCGGGUGGGCUGAUGCCAAGCUCAGGGGCGAAAACUGUCCUCCUCAAAGUCCCUGAGGAUGCCGAGAGUCCAAUGGAAAGUGAGAAGCCGGACACCAGCGCUGAAUCCGAUACCGAACAGAAUCCCGAGGGGAAGGUCGAAGAGGAGGGAGCUGAGGAGUCGGAAUUUAAGAUUCAGAUCGUUCCCAGGCAGAGGAAGCAGAGGAAGAUUGCGGUCAGCGCCAUCCAGAGAGAGUACCUGGACAUCUCCUUCAACGUUCUGGACAAACUGGGAGAACAGAAGGAUCCAGAUCCCUCUACUAAAGGACUUUCUACGUUGGAAAUGCCACGAGAAUCCUCGUCCGCCCCUACCCUAGAAGCAGGUGUGCCAGAAACAAGCAGCCAUUCCUCGAUAUCAACUCAGUAUAGGCAGAUGAAAAGGGGAUCCCUGGGAGCUCUGACAAUGAGCCAGUUAAUGAAGCGACAGCUGGAACAUCAGUCUAGCGCCCCCCAUAACAUCAGCAACUGGGACACUGAACAGAUACAGCCGGGGAAACGCCAAUGUAACGUGCCAAUGUGCCUAAACCCUGACCUGGAGGGACAGCCACUGAGAAUGAGAGGGGCCACUAAGUCCAGCCUGCUGUCAGCACCCAGCAUCGUCAGCAUGUUCGUGCCAGCACCCGAGGAAUUCACAGAUGAGCAGCCGACGGUGAUGACUGACAAAUGCCAUGACUGUGGGGCCAUCCUUGAGGAAUACGACGAGGAGACCCUCGGGCUGGCCAUCGUGGUCCUCUCCACGUUCAUUCACCUGAGCCCGGACCUGGCGGCCCCGCUGCUGCUGGACAUCAUGCAGUCCGUGGGGAGAUUGGCAUCCAGCACUACUUUUUCUAAUCAAGCAGAAAGCAUGAUGGUUCCGGGCAAUGCAGCGGGCGUGGCCAAGCAGUUUCUGCGCUGCAUCUUCCAUCAGCUGGCCCCCAACGGCAUCUUCCCGCAGCUGUUCCAGAGCACUAUCAAAGAUGGGACUUUUUUACGGACCUUAGCCACGUCUCUGAUGGACUUCAAUGAGCUGAGCUCUAUUGCUGCUCUCAGUCAGCUCCUGGAGGGUCUAAAUAACAAAAAGAAUUUACCAGCAGGGGGUGCUAUGAUACACUGUUUGGAGAACAUUGCUACCUUCAUGGAAGCUUUGCCCAUGGAUUCUCCUAGUAGCCUCUGGACCACAAUCAGCAACCAGUUUCAGACAUUUUUUGUCAAGCUGCCUGGUGUUUUGCCUCUGAAGUGUUCUUUAGAUUCCAGUUUGAGAAUUAUGAUUUGUCUCUUGAAGAUCCCCUCUACCAAUGCCACAAGGAGUUUGUUGGAACCGUUUUCAAAACUGCUCAGCUUUGUAAUUCAGAAUGCUGUCUUCACUCUGGCCUACCUGGUGGAGGUGUGUGGCUUAUGUUACCGAGCUUUCACUAAG